GCCGCUAAGCAGCCAAAUGGGGCUUGCACACAGACACUGAAACAUGGACUUUAGUAACAGUUUGUAGUGUGGCUGCUGGAAGGAAAUACUGAAAUGUGUGUAAGAGGAGCUGAAAGGGGUAGACGAAAAGUAGGAACUACAGCAAGAGCACAGCACUGUAAUGUGAUAUUCAGAAAAUCGGCUAUCUAAUCUUGCCUGCAAAUUCCUUCCACCCCCCUCUGCAUGACAGAAGGCAGUUUACUGUGCUUUAGCUGGAGGCACUGUCUGUAAAACUGCAGAGCAGGCAAGGAGACAGCUAGGAUGCCAGUGUGAUCCACUCCACAGCUUCAGUGUAGCCCAGGCUUCUGCUUACUAUUGUAUGGCCAAAAAAAUGUGAGGCUUUAUGUGGGAAGCCCUGAGUAGGGAACUGAUUUACAUUACCCAAGCUAGCAGUCAGGCAGAGCUUCUUGUCAGCAGACACUACUUUGGGGUUGGUUCACAUGCCAGUCACGUCCACCCUUUGGAACAGCGAACAGCAACAUCGGGGCUUCAUCAAGUGAUGAGAGCAGACGUCAAACUGCCCUAUGAAUAUUGAUGUGGAGGCUAGUCUGCUUUCGUAGAGGAGCAGAAGGAAGCAAGAUGGCUGCCCUUUAGGAUUUGUUAAAAAGGAGAACAGACUGUGUUUGCUGGAUUUCUGCAAGGCAGAGGGACAUUUCAGAGGUACGUCUGUAGGGCAGCCUUGUGGAUGGCCCCGGAGAAGGCUCGAUGGAAGAAGAAAGAAGCCACCAUGAUGAGGGCAGUAGAUUGACUCCUCUUCUAUUACAUCCAUCACCUGCUUGCCAAAAUAAGCCAGCAACGCAACAGAAUGGGGACCUGCCAACAGAGAAAACCCAACCCCAAAUGAAUGGAGUCAGCUGUUUACAGUCAAAAAACAACUAUGGAGCCUCACACAUGAAGGGAAAUCCAGACUGCUCUGACCUCACACGUGAAAACAGUGUGUAUUCAAAUUUACAUAAUGGUGCAAUAAAACGUACACUUAGUGAGCCUUUGCUGUCUGAGUUUCUUCAGCUGAAAAAAAUAAGAACAGUUGGGGAGGUGAAUGGGGAAAAUGAAGGUGAAUUAAAUGGGCAGUAUAUCCAACCAAGUGGUUCUGAGUUCUGUAGCAAACACAAAGCUGAGAGAACAGAAGAUCAGGAAAACUCAUGUGUUCAGGUUUCAAAUGAGCAGAACAACAACCUUAAUUCCCACGACUGUGACAUUGUCUUGUGUCAGAAGGAUGAGACUAUGCCAAUGUCUAAUGGUGCUACUGUUUUUGCCUCUUCCAUGAAGCUUACACAUGGAGAAUUCUUGGAGAAAACCAGUUCUCAAUAUUAUCCUGAAACUGGUCCUCUUGCAGUGCAGAAUACAACAUCUCCCAUGGUUGCCAUUAACACUCUAAAUGAUGCUAGCAAUGAUUUGUCACCCCAGGCAAAUCAUUCAUCACAUACCUCAGGGCAGAUCGCUUCCCAAUUAACCUUGAACUCGGUGCUUCCUCAAGAGCCAGAUGACAUGGCUGUUGAGGCCCCCAAUAAUGACAACUGCAACAAGCCUGCUGUAAAACCAGGAAGCUUUUCACAUCCCGUACAAGAAAAGAAACCACUUCCGCAAGAGGCACUCAGCUAUAACGCCCAGGAUUUAUCUGAAAGAAACGGUGAUGUAAGUAAGCCUGAGCGACUGAUGUGCUCUGAACACCUUCCUGUUUCCACCAAUGCUUCAUACAAUGUCCUAAAUAAUGGAUCUACUGAUAGACUUACUGCUGCUUUCAGUAAGGAUCCUUUGACUUUGGUGCAGUUUAAUAAGUUACUGUAUGCCCAGGAAAAUGACACUUACAGUUCCACCCAAAACCUUUGUGAUGGUAGUUUUGUACAUUCACAGGCCAAUAAAGCAUGCCAAUCACUUCAUCCGAGAGCCUCCUCUCAGUCUGGGUUUUUGCAGUCUGAUAACAACAGAACAGUGCCCACUGCUGCACUACACUGCACAGCAGGAGUAGAGCUACCAUCAGAAAACAAUGGGCAGGAAAAAUGUGCUUUUAAAAAACAACCCGAAGAGCAAAAUGAGCAUGUUCCACCUCAAAAUGGGAAAGAUUAUUGCAAUGGAAUUGAGAAGGUUGGUAAAGAUCUGAUGGAGCAAAGAAAUCCAUAUGUUAGAUCAAACUGGACAAACUUUCGGUCCAAUCACUGUCCAAAGGUAGACAGUGCCCAGAAGUCAGAGAACUUGCUAAAGUUACUGAUGGAUUCUCAAUCACAAAGUCAGAAGAAGCUAAAGCAAUAUACAAGAAAACCUGGUAAUAAAAACCGGGCACAAGGUCAUCAAGACUUAGGGGGUUCUGGGUCACCACUACAGCCUCAUGGGCAGCAGCUACAUUUCCAAAAGCACUUAUCCCAGGCAGCCAACACAGAUAUUAGACUGCAAUCCUAUGAGCAGAAAAACAGCGCAAGUCUUUUCUAUCAGUCACAGUCAGAAAAACAAACAUAUGACCAAGUUUUAAAACAGCACUUAAACCUACAGACAUCAGAGGCAGGGCAAUUUCCACAUAAUGUACAACAAUCGCUGCACCAGCAGGGGCUGCAUUCAGAACUAGGUGAGAAUUCACAGUUUCACCAGAACCAACAUUUUCAACAAAAUCAAGAUUUUAAAAUGGUUAAAGAGCAACUUCCACACACUCAGCCCCUGUUCAGUAAUGCACCAAAUAGGGAAAGUCCGCUUAACCACCUAACACUAGAGGAAAACACUCAAGCAAUCAGUCAGUACCCAAGUAACCACCAGUACCAUCCAUCUGUUCAGGAUCUGGAAAUGCAACUGCAAAGGCAAAGUUCAAGCAACACAACCUUGCAUUUUAAUUCUAACCAGUCCAUCUCACAUAGAAAAGACCAGUACCUUUCAGAAAAUGCAGAGACUGGUAAGCAAAUUAAAACUGAAGCUUUUGAGCAGUACUUUCAGACAAGUCGAUCUCCGCAACAAGGCCAGUGCAGUUACCAAGAACAGAAAAACAGAAACAAUCUUCCUAUUAUGAAUCCAGAUCAGCAGAAAGUUUCAGAUUAUAGCAGACAGAGCCAGGAUAUAACAGUUCCACAAAGUAUGGUAAACCAAAGGAGAUACUUACCACAUAGCAGUCCUCCUACCCCAGGUUUGCAGGAUCAACAUCCUCAGUUUGCAAAACAGAUGAAUUGUAUUCCAAAACAUGCGGCUCUGAGGCAUCAUUUGCUUCAGCGCCGGGAGCAGAGCAAACAUGAAGGUUCUACUGCACGCCGAUCUAUCAAAGUGGAGAACGGCUCGCACUCUGUCUGCAGUCGAACACCCAAUGAAAACAAAACAGGGAAAAAAACAAUCAAACAAGAGAUUCAGCAUUUUGGCCCAGAUAAUAUACAACAAAGGAGCAUUCUUGAAACAAUGGAACAGCAGAUGAAACAGUAUCCUGGGAAAUCAUUGUUUCACCAUCAUGUGUCAACUAUCAAAUCACCCAAGCAUGUUAAGGUGGAGACUUCAGGCCCUGUUACUAUUUUAACUACACACGCUAACUCUUUGACACUAGACCAACAGACUGUCUCUCCACUUGAAAAAACCCCUACCAAGAGAGCAGCAGGAUCUGCUCUAAACAACUUUUUAGAAUCUCCUUCAAAGCUAUUAAGCACCCCUGUCAAAAACCUCCUGGAUACGCCUGUAAAAACACAGUAUGAUUUCCCAUCAUGCAGCUGUGUAGAACAAAUAAUUGAGAAAGAUGAAGGACCUUAUUAUACACAUCUUGGUGCUGGACCGAACGUGGCAUCUAUCAGAGAAAUGAUGGAAGAAAGGUUUGGCCAGAAGGGCAAAGCCAUCAGGAUUGAGCGAGUUCUUUAUACGGGAAAAGAAGGGAAGAGCUCUCAGGGAUGCCCGAUUGCAAAAUGGGUCAUUCGGCGGAGUGGGGUGGAUGAGAAGAUGCUGUGCUUGGUGAGAGAGCGAGCAGGCCAUUCCUGUGAAACGGCUGUGAUUGUGAUUCUGAUCCUGGUAUGGGAAGGCAUAUCUCUGAACUUAGCAGACAAGCUAUACUCUGAGCUCACCGAAACGCUACGGCAGUAUGGAACAUUGACAAACAGACGAUGUGCUCUCAAUGAAGAGCGUACCUGUGCAUGCCAGGGGCUGGACCCCGAUACCUGUGGUGCCUCAUUUUCCUUUGGGUGCUCUUGGAGUAUGUACUACAAUGGGUGCAAAUUUGCUAGAAGUAAAAUCCCCAGAAAAUUCAAGCUGAAUUGUGAUGAUCCAAGAGAGGAAGAGAAAUUGGAAGACCAUCUCCAGCACUUGUCAACACUGAUGGCACCAAUCUACAAGAAGCUUGCGCCAGAUGCCUAUAAUAACCAGAUUGAGCAUGAGCACAGAGCCCCAGAUUGUCGUCUUGGCAAGACAGAAGGUCGCCCUUUCUCAGGAGUCACUGCAUGCUUGGACUUCUGUGCUCAUUCCCACAGGGACCUGCAUAAUAUGCAAAAUGGCAGCACACUGGUCUGCACUUUAACCAGAGAAGACAAUCGUGGUGUUGGGAAACUGCCCCAAGAUGAGCAGCUACACGUCUUACCUCUUUAUAAAAUCUCCCACAUGGAUGAAUUUGGCAGCACAGAAGCGCAGGAAGAAAAAAAAAGAACAGGUGCUAUUAAAGUUCUGACCUCCUUCCGCAGGCAAGUGAGGAUGCUAGCGGAGCCUGUGAAAACGUGCCGGCAGAAGAAAAUGGAAGCCAAGAAAGCGGCAGCAGAGAAACUCGGUGCAUCAGCAGAAAAUGGCUCAAACAAAGGUGAAAAGGAGAAGUCCUUACGUUACAAGAAUGCACACUCGGAAACAGCUAACCAUGAAAAGCAGCUAGCAGAUCUCUUGCGAAUUUCAGGACAAGCAAAGCAGCCAGGCUCCAUUUCUAACAUCAGUCACCCAAACCCUAUGAAUUCUUACCCUACAGCAGAUCCAAAUAACUCUUAUGCAAGAAUUUCAAACCCGGCAGACCCCUAUCAAAAUGCUGCUUCCACUUAUUCUGGCUCUAACCAUAUGGAUCUUUUUCAUGCUCCUCCAAAUGCAGUAGUCUCCUGUGACUCCACCCCAGUGAACCCUUACCAAGGUCAAUUAAAUCAAGGUAGCCCAUGCCCCCCAUAUCCAUGUAAUGGAAAUGGUCCCUUGGACAGUUGCUCUCCUUAUCUUAGUCCUUAUUCCUCACAUCCACAACACAUGUUCUACAGGUAUAAAAACCAAGAACCAGUGUCUAAUCUUAGUUUGCCUCCAGUUCAGUCACUGUACCAGCAGAGGUUUGCUGACAGUAAGGCCUAUGGUCAUAAAUACAUGAAUUAUGGAAACCAAAGCAUGCACGUUGAUGAUUUCAAUGGCUGCAAUCUUAAACCAAUGGGAUCUUUUAAUCCAUACUCUGUGCAUAAAGCUGAUAACUUGAUGGGAGCUGCCUCAAAGACAAAGCCUAACCGUAAUAACCUGGACUGUGCUUCCCUGAACAAGAAUGGUGAUUAUCCCCUUCCACAUGCCUUCCUGGCUCAUGAAAGCAAUGCAUCCAUAGGAGGCAGGGCUGGCUCUCUGCAUCUCUAUGGUAAAAAUGAUGACAUGCACUUACAUAUAGCGAAUGGAAUUCCAGAAAUGCUUCCAGGUCUUAAUCAUGACAGGACUAACCUUGGAGGCCUCAGUAGAUCUAAUGGUGCUAAUGUUCAGGAAAAGCAGCUACCACAGGCCCCAGGACCUGUCCAAGAACAGCCAGAAGAAGUGUGGUCAGACAGUGAGCAGAGCUUUCUGGACCCUGAGAUAGGAGGAGUGGCAGUGGCCCCAACUCACGGCUCAAUACUCAUUGAAUGUGCAAAGCGUGAACUCCAUGCUACAACCCCUUUAAAAAAUCCCAAUAGGAAUCACCCUACUAGGAUAUCUCUUGUAUUUUAUCAACAUAAAAGCAUGAACGAGCCAAAGCAUGGCAUAGCAUUGUGGGAAGCAAAGAUGGCAGGCAAGGCCAGGGAAAAGGAAGAGGACUGUGAAAGAUAUGGUCCAGACUAUGUUGCUCCAAAGUCCUACAACAAAAAAGUAAAACGGGAACCUAUUGAGCCAACCCUUGAGCCUGCUGAACCAACCUAUCUACGUUUCAUUAAAUCUCUCACACAGAGAACCAUGUCAAUGACAACAAACUCCCUAGUCACAACAUCUCCAUACGCCUUAACACGGGUUACAGGUCCUUACAACAGAUACAUAUAGUCUGUUGGGUUACCUCAUGUACAUCAGACAGAUGCAUCAUGCUCUGCUAGUUCUUGUGGUUGUGUGGAUGUUGUGACAGUAUUUGACAUAAGAAAAUCAUGUAAUUCAUGGGAACGAAUAACCAGCAAAAAACAAGAAACCAUAUCCUCACCAUCACUGUUUUCUUCUUUUAUGUCUGAUUGGUUGCUGAACAUGUCAAAGAAGAAGAUACAAUCAUCCUAUGCAAUGGUGUUCAACAGCUAGGAAAACACAGGUGUAUCGGAUGAAGUGUAAUAGUAUUCUGUAGCUUUCACCUUAUACCAUGGUACAUCUGUGAUCACUUUUUAAAACGAAAAUAUCUAGGUAGGAGCCAGAGGUAAUCUUGCUGUAGUGUUACAACAUCAGGAAUCUUACAAUGACCUUGUGGUGCUGAUUUCCUAAUGUGCUAAUUGAUAGCUGAUUUCCUAAUGUGCUAAUUGAUACUGGAAAUACAACUUUUUAACUUAUGCUAUAUAAUCUUAUUAAUGACCUCCAAUGUGCUGAAGUAGUGUAUAUACUCAGAUCAUCAUGGAUUUGGAAGAAACACUGAAAAAUUGGUGCUACAAUGUGUGUCUUUAUAAGUACUUAAUGCCUUGAACUACAUAUUCAGUUUAAUGGGUAUACAUGAAUUCAUUUAUAAACAAAAAAGUACACUUUUAAAUAUUUGUUUUAUAUUAAUUCUGGUAGAUGCUAACAUGACAGCUUCUAAACUGUAGUAACUGUUAACAUGUAAGCAGAACCCACAGGUGAAACAUCCUACAAUGUAACCUUUGUCUUACAAUAUGGUAUUGAUAUAUUUUCGUUCUCCUGUGGGAUUUUUUAAAAAAUAUUUUAUCACCAUUCAAAAUAUAUAGAAAUGCUUAAUAAGUGACCUUUGAUGGUAACCUGGGCCAAAUGCACUCCCGACUAUAAAUUAGAUUUCUGUAUAAAGCUGAAGUUUCAGAAUAUUUAUGUGUGCCACUGAAAGCUGAGGUUGCUGCCAAUACCCUUGCAAUGUGCAGGAUAGGCGUAAGUCAUUCCUUACAAUACAUAUUGGGCUUGAUGUAUAAAGCUGUGAAAAGAGAAGAGUGGAGAAGUUGCCGUUAGCAACCAAUAGGUUUUGAGGAAGUGUUUAUUAAGUGUUUAUCAAUCUCCAGUCUUUUCACCGCUUGAUACAUUAACCCCACUGGAUCCUAAUUCUGAUGAAAUUACUACUCACAUUUUAAAUAAUAUUAAAAUAUUCAGUAUUGUUUUAUUUCUUAAAAUGUACAAGCUGCAUACACUUUUGAGUCAUAGAAAAUACCCCAUCUCUCAUUUAAGCCCUCUCAAUCUAUAGUAUAAUUGUUAUAUGCACUCUCUAGUAGAGCAGUCUUAUCACCUGAACUGAACAAAUGUCACUUUGAGAGUUGCGGCUGUGGGAGGAGAUAGGGUACAGCACCUGCCGUCAAGGACAAAGGAUUUUAAUUUUACAGGGCAUAGUUUUAAAAGACUGUAUUUAGGCGCCCAUUUAUAUGAAUUAUAUAACUUGUUGCGUAUGAUAAAUGUAAUUCCAGCCAAUCAGCUCACAACUGUCAUUUUUCAAACACAUGACAAUUAGGAGCUGAACACAUGACAGUUAGAUACUGAUUGGCUGGAGCACCAUUAAUAAUAUGCAACAAGUUUUGUUAUCCACAAGUUUUCUCACUUAUUGAUAAAUGAGCCCCUUAAUGAAAAAAAAGGACUCUGACUUAGCCAAUUUUUACUUAUAAAAAGAAACUAUUAGUUGUAGUUUGGCCCUAGGUCUGCACCAAGGCACAUUUAUUAAGUAUUCCUCCGUAAUGUCCAUGACUUAAAUUUUUUUUACCAUCUAUUUAUUUGACAACUUCAAGUGCAGAGAAGUACAAUGAAUUUAAAUUGAACAUAGUACCCAAUAUUUGUUAUUAUGAAAAGUAAAUAUCCACUCUCCUGUUUUUUACACAGUGUGCAAUGAUAGCUCUGUCUGUAGCCGCCUUGGUUCUCUCCACCUGUAACCAAUAAGCAGUUUGUAUGUUGACAUGACAGUGCUGUCCGGCCAUAUAUUUCUGUAAAGUGCUAUAUUCGUAUCCCACUAUACCUUAUUAUAUUACAAUACAGGUGGCCAGAUACUAUGGGGGACAUUUGCUAAGCAGUGAUAAAAGCGGAGAAGUGAGCCAGUGGAGAAGUUGUCCCAUCAACCAAUCAGCAGCUCUGUAUCAUUUUAUAGUAUGCAAAUUAUAGGUGUUACGUCAGUGCUGAUUGGUUGCCAUGGGCAACUUCUCCACUGGCUCACGUCUCCGCUCUUAUCACUGAUUAGUAAAUGUAACCCUAAAUCAUAUAGUUGCUAAGUGAGGUGAAGUCCUAUUGAGCUAACGCAGCUGUCACUGCUGGUGGGUGAUCAUAGGUAGCACAUAAGUAUUUUUAAUAACAAUAUAUAAAAACAUUACUUUGAAAGAAUUGUAGGUGCUGAGAACUUUUACAUUGACUAAUGUGUUCACUAAAAUAUGUCCCUCACAAUCUAUAGGUCACCAUAAGUGUUUUCAAGUUAAUUAUUGUUUUACUCGUUCAGUCAACUUUAGUUUUACGUAUUGGGCUGCAGAUGUCUCUACCAUACAUUGUUCGAUUUGUUAAAACAAAAGGUUUUAUUUCAGAUAUUUUUUUCUUUUCAUUUAAAGUAACUAUAUUUCAGCUGUUCCAAUGGGAGUAAUCGGCUGCAAUGCUUACUCUUUUGUGAAAAAUAUUAAUACAGUAGUAUAUAUUUUAUAUACAGAUGUGUAAAGCUAUAGUAAAAGCCGUUCUAAUAAGUUUGAAAGCAUAUCCAAAAAUUAAUUUAGUAUUGCAUCUGUCCUAAACGAAUCUAAUUUCUAAAACGAUGCACAAAUGUUGCUAUUUAACGGGUUGCCCUGCAUUAUACUGUUCAUAUUUGUGAGGGCCUAUAAUCACGUUGCCACAAGAACAGUGGCGAUGAGUGUGCACUGCAGCUUAUUACUCCUGAUGGAACAGGUCCCGAAAUAUACAGAAGAGAUACAGUAGAUGUGCCCAUUUAAAGACAAUCCAUAUCAUUGUUGCUACUUUAUACUGUAUAUUCCAUUUUGCUAAUCCCAACCUGCUCGGGAGAAUACACGUUUCCAUAUAACUAAUGCUGCAGAUACAGAAUUACACAUUUACAUUUUAUUUAAAAAUUGUAUGUUUUUAAGGCAUAGUUUGAUGGUAAAAUCCCAAAAGUGGACAUGAUUCUUAUCUACCAAAGUGUGUUCUUUUAAAUAAUUAUUUAUUUUUGUGAUGUUACAUAUUAAGACACAGUUUACAUACAGUAUAACUACAAUACGCUUAUGCAGGUAGUAGUAGCUCAGCUAAAUAUCCAAUAGUGUUGUUGCAUGUGGAUAUUUGGACUUAUUGAAGUCCAUUACCUACAGAAUGCGUGGGUGCGAAUUGCAUAUAAUUUCCCCAGUUGUGCACUUGUCUGACCCGCUUUCCACUUUUGGAAAGUGACUUCAUAUAAAAACUUUGCACAAAAAUUGGAAGGUGUGGUCCCAGAUAGGAAUGUGAAUGACACCAGGAGAUACAACAUAACUUAGUAUGUGGGAAACAGUUUAUACAUAAGGUAUCAUUUUUAGAUGAUCUUGUUCAUUAUAUGAAUAACAAAUGUUCCUUUCUUUUCUUCAAUAAUGGUCAUUCCAGGCUUAUCUCUGAUGUCAUGACACAAAGUCAUGUGACUAAGGGGACAGGCCUGUCUGUAUUUUAAAUGGCAUAGCUUAAUGUUUAGCCAUCUUGAGGUGCUAAGCCUGGUACAAACCUGUAAAAAGAGGCCCAGUAGUGUGGAAAUAGGUGUAUGACAUCACAAAAUGACAACUGUGCACCUGGCCCACUAUUGUGCAGUUCUGCAUAUGAACUUUACCGGGAGAUAGAAAAUUGCCUUAAUUUUGUGUUUUUAAGGUCCACUAAGCCUAAGUUUUAGCAUUAGCUUUCACAGACUUGCUUACAUUAGUUUCAGGAACUCUUCACAACUGGAAAAACGUAUUUGCGGGAUAAACCGUUAUCCUAUGCACACCAAUAUACAGAAAGCAGUAUCUGCUUGUUUCGAUUAUAAGGUGGUUGUGGGAUUCUAAUGCUGGGUACACACUAUGCAAUAUAUUGUCCAUUCCGCCAAUGAACGACAUAUUGCAUAGUGGAUUUAUUUGUGUGUACAGAAGAUAUGUCUAUGAAUAACUGUGUUCACAGACAUAUCUGACCGACCCUGCUGCACAGCCAAUGAUGAUAUAUCUAGCACAUAUAUCUGUAUAUGUUUGCAGGAGACCAGCCAAUCAGCGGCUGCAGGUGCUGCUGACAAUGACAUCACAACUCGGAGGGCAAAUAUAAAUGCUUGCCCACUUUUGAUGUCUGCCCACAUGUAUCGAGCUGGGGAUUGGUAAGUGUGUGUAAAUUACCAAAUCGGCAGCUCGGUCAGAUAAAUCUUUCAAGUGUGAAUACAUGUUGUAUCAUUUUGACAUUUUUUUUACAGUAAGACAUAUUUGUGAAUGUUAUCCAUACUUGCCUACUCUCCCGGGAGUUGCGGGAGACUCCUGAUUUUUUGGGUAGUCCCCACGUAACCCCAGAAGAGUAGGCAGAACUCCCGAAUCCCGCCCGCUUCCUAGUAAAGCGAGCAGGAUGGGAGAUGAUUACCGGAGUCUUGAGGGGCAGGGAUAAAUCAUGCAAAUUGCUUCAUUUAGUUGACGUGACAGCCCAGCGCUGCUCCCCGAAGUGGCCAGCUGCACCUCCUCUCCAGGCUUCUCCCAGAGAGGAGAAACAAAAGGUGGCAAGCAUUUGGGGUUUUAUAUAGGCUUAGUGGUCCUUUAAGAAUUUUGAAAAACUUUAGUCAGAUUUGCUUUAACACAACACACACAUUUUUUUAAGUACAAAUUUUAUUUAGUGUUGCUCCUGACACAUAUAUACUGUAACAAUAUUUCUGGAGUUCUGGGCACUCCUCUACAUAAUGGACUGAUGUUUUGUACUUGGUAUCCGGUCUAUAGAUCUACACUAAAAAGGUCUACAGUCAAUAGGUCGACCACUACUAGUCGACAUGUAUUAGGUCGACAGGGUCAAAAGGUCAACAUGUAAAAGGUAAACAGUUUAAAAAAUCAGCAGGUCCAAAAGGCUGACAUGACCACGUUUGACACACACACAUUGUUGACACAUUACCUUUUGGCCCCUUUGACCGUUUCUACUGUGUACCUAUUCCAUGUCGACCUUUUGACUGUCAACCUAAUGCAUGUCAACCAUUAGCGGUUGACCUAUUGACUUUAGACCUUUUUAGUGUAGAUCUGAUGAUCCACAUACUUGUACUUUUACUCUCAGUACAAAGCAUGAUGAUAGACACGUAAUACAUUUUGCUUAGAUGGCUUAAAAAAUGAUUCUACUUGUUGUUUCUAAUCUGUGUCAGUGAUGGAAAUUCACAGAAAAAUAAGGUUGGUGCACAUCUCACAGAUCCUGACCAGGCGUGAAACAGCAGUAUUCUAGGGCUGGAACAUGUACAGAGUAAGGAGAAAGAUAUUAAAUAAAUACCAGGCAUUCGUAGUUUUAUUCGACUGGCAUUAGCAUUUAUAACAAUCAGGAACACUUCAGGCUGAUUAUCUGUGCGCCCGUCUUUACCUGGGGAAACAUUAUGGCUCAUGUGCUCAUUUUACUCCAGGCUGUGCUACCCAUGUAUUUGUGUAGCUAAAACACUAGGCAGCUGUCUUCUUAUAAUCAUUUUAAAAAAUCAUGAAUUUUAGAAGAAAAUUAAAGUAUACUAACAGUUAAAACCUGUACAGUGAAACAAUGAAAUAUAAAGAUAUAUUUUUUUUUUAUUUUCCUGUUAAGUACUGUAUAUAAAUAUAUAUUUUUCCUUUUAAAAAUACAUAAAAAAGAACUUGGUGAUAAUUGAGAUUAUUUAUGAUGAUGCUACUCAACCUGCUACCAGUUAUCAUAAUGUGAGCUAAAGUUAGGUCUGAGUGAGAGUCCUACGUGUCAUUUACCUCAGCACUAGUUUGGCAGUAGGACAUUGAGUAAGGCGUAGAAGCGUUAUUGCAUGGCAUACCAUCAAUGUUACCCAACAACCUACGAGAGAAGAUGAAACACACAAGACAAAGAAAAUCACAUGACAACUCUAUAAUACUUGAUACCGUAACAAGUAUAACUUGAACUUCAGUCUUUUCUUCUUAAAAUUCAGGGAUAUUUGAGCUUGUAUUCUUUUCAUUACAGUUAAUCAUGUUUCUUUAAGGCUCUCAUAGGUUGUAUCCUAUUUUAUUUCUGUUUUUCAGGGGCAAGGUUGUUUCUGACCCCAGUUUUCCUUUUUCUUGUAUAUGUAUUAACACUUGUAACAAAUAUUGUAAAUGUGCAGGCUAUUUUUUUUUGCUUCAAAUUGUAAAAUAUGUAAAGUUUAGAAUGUUUUAAGUGAAAGUUGAAUGCACUGAGAUAAAUUAAAGGGACAAUUUGUAAGGCAGGGGUUUGGCAAGUGACAGUCUUAAGGACUCAUGCACCAAGUUGCAUGGCUGGUUAAUUCCAGUGUGCCACAUUGUAGCACUUGGUCUUAUCUCUCCUUGUAUGAAUGAGAGAUGAGAUGUGCUGAGUCUUUGCAUUCUUUCAAAAAAAAUGUAGAAGAGAAGUAUAUAAACUGUGGCUCUGUAUCUGGUCAAUCUUUAGCUCAUUCAGCUGCUGUUUUGUAUGCUCCUCAUCUAGAUGACUUACACGGAAUUAAGACUGAAGGUGCAACUUGCCAGAAUGUGACUUCAGUGCAUGGCACUCUUUAGUGUUGAUUCUUAACUCCAAUGUAUAAUGUUGUAGAAUGGUUACAGUAGGUACACACAUCACCGGGCUUCCUUUAUCAUUCUUCAAAGUCCAAAUCCCUUUACAUAAGUUGUCGUACUGUGCAAUAUACAUCUUCAAUUGGAUUUAUGUCUAGUCCCCAUGGCAAUGGAUUGGGAUCAUUUUCUUUUCUAUCAGUCACAUACUGUAUAUAUGUACAUUAACUUUUUUUUUAAUGAAUAUUGUGCCUGUGUGCACUAUAAUAACACAUCAUUUUUUUUUUGUAUUACUGUGUUUUGUUUAAUAUAAAAAUAGUCAGUUAUGUUGUCAUGUAAAAUUACGGUAUUUCCAAAUGAGGUAUGAAGCUCUUACUUGUACCUAAUGAGUUGUAGGCUGAUGGAAGAGUGUUGUGCCCUAUAAAGAGAGAAACCUAAUGCAUAUGUUGAUAUCAUGUGAUUUUUUUUAUUUUUUUACUGUCAUUUUAUUUGAAAAAGAAAAAACUCCAUUAUUUGCCAAACUGCUAGCUAGCUAAAUGAAAGGAAAAAAAAAAAAAAAAAGCAAGAUUGGCUUAAAAAUCAGCAAACUGAAUAAACAAAGUCUGUAAUAUGGUGUGCAGAUCUGGACAUGAUAGAAAGCAGACAUGACAUCGCUAGUAUAGGAUUUGAAAGGCUGACUGUAGCCAUACUUGAAAAUGCUUUGGAGUGUUGUCAACUUUACUUGAAUGAGCCUUUUCAUCUUGACGGGCUCACAGUAGUGUGGUCACUUCUAAAGCUAAUAGUUAAUGUGUGUAGGAAACCAUGCAGUUUGACACUAAAGUAAUGAAUUUGUGUGCUUUUUCUCUGUGUACUUUCAAGAGGCUUUAUUUUUCAUCCAUUUAAGUACCAUUUUUUUUCCCCAGAAAAUGUUGGUAUGUGUAUAAAAUCUGAGAACGGCUAUAAAUACUGUAAGUAUUGUAAUGUAAUGUAAUGAACGCAGGCUAUUUGAAAACUGUUUAUUAUAUCAUUCCUGAUAAUGCUGAGAUGU